GAUAAACACUGCAGGAGUAGUUUAAACACUGGGGGUAUUAGAGCAGCGCCGCUGUGUGUGUAUCAGUUCAGGAAGGCGUUCAGGGCGGUGCGGCACGCUCAGAUAAUAAAUAGCACUUGGCAGAUGAACAGCAGAGUCACAGGGUCGGAGUCCAACAGUGUUGAGCUGAACACCGCAGCAGAAGCAGAAGCACUCACACUUUCUCCAGCGCUCAGAUCUGCAGAGGGAAUCAUGCUGGCUUUAAGUCGCUCCUCUGGUUUACUCAGAGCUGCUCUCAGACACAACUUCACUCCGAGAGCCAACAUAUCAGCUAAACCAGCCAAACACGUCGUGAGCACAGGGGAGCAUGCGAUUGCCAUGGUGGCCAUGUUCGUGACCAUCCUCGUGCCCUCGGGGUGGAUCCUCACCCAUCUGGAGGACUACAAGAAGCGGCCAUGAGCCCCUGACCACGCCGUCUCUCCGCUCCUGUUCAUUCCUCCUCACGAAAAACCCGUGUCCUGUUUCUCAUUAAUAAACCAACAUACAAACUA